AUGUGGUCCAAAACAUGAGGAGAUGUGAAAUGGACUUAAAUCUUAAUUUUCGACGGGAAACCGCAAUUUAAACCUUAUUAAAGCGCAAUUUCAAGAAUGGAAAUUUUAAGGUACCAAGUCGUCUUAUGCAUAUUGCUUCUAUAUCCAACGGCGUAUGUUGCAGAGCAAGUUCUGAGUCAACAAUCUGCAGUACAUUCUAGUGAUGACGCUGGAGGUAAUGGGGGACAAGAACAUAAUGGUAAUGUUGGCGACACCAAACAAUCACAAUCAAACAGCAAUACAGCGCUGUCUUCCGACCAGCGGUUGGUAGCUGGCCACCCGGAGACAACCAGGCUCAAUGAUACAGAAAACGCCAGCAAUGAGUCAUUUCACACCACUGCUGUUGCUAAGGCGACCACCCCUGCACCGCCAACCCCCAAGCCCAUUCUGCCAGUGCAAACGGGGGUCAAAGCCCAGGAGGAGGAGCAGUCCAGCGGGAUGACCAUCUUUUUCAGUUUGCUGGUCAUUGGUAUUUGCAUCAUAUUGGUGCACCUACUUAUUAAGUACAAACUACAUUUUUUGCCAGAGAGUGUUGCGGUUGUGUCUCUGGGUAUCAUAAUGGGAGCUUUCAUAAAGAUUAUAGAGUUUCAGGAGCUGGCCAAUUGGAAGGAAGAGGAGAUGUUUCGGCCCAACAUGUUCUUCCUCCUCUUGCUUCCACCCAUCAUCUUUGAGUCUGGAUAUUCACUCCACAAGGGAAACUUCUUCCAAAAUAUUGGAUCCAUCACCCUGUUUGCUGUAAUUGGUACAGCCAUUUCUGCUUUCAUUGUUGGAGGGGGAAUCUACUUCUUGGGACAGGUAAUACCAGCUUCUUGUUUGAUGUGGUGUCUGUAUGUGGUAACAUGCCUUAAAGUGUGGGAAAGCAAACACAACACCGGUUUGUCUUUCUUUUUCAUGCAGGCAGAUGUCAUUUACAAAAUGACUAUGACCGACAGCUUUGCCUUCGGCUCCCUCAUCUCUGCUGUGGACCCUGUGGCUACCAUCGCCAUCUUCAAUGCGCUCAACAUUGACCCCGUUCUCAACAUGUUGGUGUUCGGAGAGAGCAUACUCAACGACGCUGUCUCCAUCGUGCUCACCAACACGGCAGAAGGCUUUGCUCAUUCUGAGAACUCCACGGUGACAAGCUGGGAGACCUUCCUGCAGGCGCUCGGAUACUUUCUGAAGAUGUUCUUCGGCUCGGCCGCACUGGGCACGCUCACGGGCCUCAUCUCUGCCAUUUGUCUCAAACACUUUGACCUGAGAAAGACGCCUUCCCUGGAGUUCGGGAUGAUGAUAAUAUUUGCAUACCUUCCUUAUGGACUGGCUGAGGGGAUCAAAUUAUCCGGUAUCAUGGCCAUCUUGUUCUCUGGGAUCGUGAUGUCACACUACACCCACCACAACCUGUCCCCCGUCACUCAGAUCCUCAUGCAGCAGACUCUGCGCACCGUGGCCUUCAUGUGUGAAACAUGUGUUUUCGCCUUCCUGGGCCUGUCCAUCUUCAGCUUCCCGCACAAGUUUGAGCUGUCCUUUGUGAUCUGGUGCAUAGUCCUGGUGCUGGUGGGGCGGGCGGUCAAUAUCUUCCCUCUCUCCUUCCUGCUGAACUUCUUCCGUGACCACAAGAUCACCCCCAAGAUGAUGUUUAUUAUGUGGUUCAGUGGUCUCCGCGGUGCCAUCCCUUAUGCCCUGAGUCUCCACCUGGGCCUGGAGCCCCUGGAGAAGCGGCAGCUGAUCGGUACCACCACCAUCGUCAUAGUCCUCUUCACCAUCCUGCUGCUGGGUGGCGGCACCAUGCCGCUCAUCCGCCUGAUGGACAUCGCAGAGAGCCAAUCACGGCGCAAGAACAAGAAGGACAUCAACCUCAGCAAGACUGAGAAAAUGGGCAAUGCCAUAGAAUCGGAGCACCUGUCUGAACUGACGGAGGAGGAGUAUGAGGCUCAGAUUUACCAGCGUCAGGACCUGAAGGGCUUCAUGUGGCUGGACGCCAAGUACCUCAACCCUUUCUUCACCCGACGGCUCACUCAGGAGGACCUGCUGCAUGGCCGGAUCCAGAUGAAGACGCUGACUAACAAGUGGUACGAGGAGGUGCGGCAGGGUCCUUCAGGCUCGGAGGAUGAGGAGGAGGAAGAGGAGGCGGAGCUGCUCUGAGUGGUCGCAGCCAUGUAGGAGUCCAAGGAGAAAAGAGAGGGGGUGGGGACUGUGCCACUGGAGCAUUCAUCUCUGCCACCCCCUCCACUGGAAUGAACCAUUUGAUGUGAACCAAAAAAAACAAAACAGUGAAAAUGGAGAAAAGUUCAGAGAAGAGAAAACUCAAGCUGUGAUAAUCCGAAGAGCCUGGCACAACUGGAAUUCAUUAACACUAUAAGCAUACAAUGGGAAGUGCAAGAAAGAAAAUAGAAGGGGAAUCUUCAAAAGAGAAUAUUCUACCAAAAAAAGCAAUAUGAUUGCACCUUCCAGCAUAUAAAUCCUCUUUUUAUGUGCUUAUUAAUCUGUUUUUUAUUAGUUUAAAAUGUCAUGGCCUGACAAAAAGUACCAAUGAAUGUUCUGGUGAUGGGCAUUGAAUUCUGUUCUGUGAAGUUACAUAUUUAUCUUUGUUUUUUAUUUAUAGGUUGAUUUAUUUUUAUUUGGGUGGGGAUGGGGCUUUUAUAAUAAUGACGUAUUUCCAGUGAGCGCUAAAAACUGUUCUGAAAAUAGUUCUUAUACUAUAUAAUGUGUCGAAAUGAAACGUUAUGCGCCCUUAAUGGAGCAUUCUCUAUCUGCUCUUUGUACUGCUUGAAGGAAUGCUAAACUCAUGACACUCGCAAGUGAGUUUGAGACAUAAAUCAGUGGUCUCCUGUGGUUGGUAUUCCUCACAUAAAAGGAGUAUUUAUAAUGACUUUCCUCUUUUCGUGUGAGCUGGGAAUGUCAACUAGAUUCAGGCAGAUUGUUAUUGUCCGAUCCCAGAGCAUCAUUAUAAUGUGAUUUUUGCAAAUUUGCUGUGAUUGACCAAAAUGUGAUAAGUGGGGGUUUUCUUGUUUUAAAAUGGGAAAUGUGUCACAAUGAUUCAGUUAUCACAUGUAAUUACUUUGCACAUGUUAUUCAUUCUGGGUCAGAUUUCCAUGAAUUUUUUCCCCUCUUCUGUAGAGGCCACUUUGUCUGUUUUGUGUGUCCAAACAAAUGCUAAUCCUUGGGAUUAAGUAAAAGACUUUAGUUGUGGGUAUAUUUAGAUUGAGCAGGAACAGGUUUUAACCUUGUUAUCUUGUGUCAUCCUUUCCAUCGUGUGAUGGCAGCUUUCCUAAAAUACUAUAUUGGUAUUAUCUGUAGUCCUGGGCUUGGCUGAGCGUGUAAGGCAGUGAUGGGGUAACCCCUGGCUUUCAGUCUUAAAGUGCUGUGUGCUUUUCAACAAAAGAAGAAAAUGACCACAACAGUAAUCUCUGAGGUUUCAGACCUGGCCCCUCUUAGACCCCCCGCCCUGAUGCACUGUAAGGAACAUUAGCACACAGUAAAAAAAAAAGUGUAUUGAAGGCAUUUCAAGCAUGGUAAAACUAAGCCCUUAAUAUCUUGCAGGCGUGGUCAAUUUAUCAAGUGGUGUAUUUGUACUGGAGCUGACUUGUGCCUGCAAAACAUGAGGCAGUUAUUGCAGCCGGUGUCUGGAUGACUAACUGAAAGCAAAAUUUCAACAUCGUGAAAGCUUAGAGGAUCUGGGGGAAGCUUUGCAUGAUGCAAAUGAGAGUAGCAGAAUGAGACAGGAUCAUUUUAUCCAGUUUAAAGAGUGCAAAUACUGUACAGCCAAAUAUGUAACAAAUUAAAUAAUUCAGAACAGGAAUAACUAGUAUAUCAACAUUUACAAG